AUGGAGGAAGAGUCUGUGAUGGAGGAUGAUGCAGAGCUGACUCUCAGUAAAGUGGAAGAGGAGAUGACGGUGGGUAUCCCCAUAGAAGUGUCCCCUGGUGAUAGGCCUAUUUGUAUAUAUUGUACUCAUCACUUUUUAAAAUAUGUCUAUUUCAAAACAAAACGAAAUCCCUUAAUAAAGGAGGAACCAGACGACUACGAGGAGGAGAACGUCAUGGAUCUAGAGGCACUUAAAUCAAGGACCAAUCAAAGUGUGAGUUGCAGUUGCUGUAAUGUUAUGCUAAUAGCUGGAUACGAACAAUGUACUGUAAUGGUGUACAUAUAUACGGUCCCAAUAAGAGAUCUGUUUGGACAUUGUGGAUACUUUGUUACUACACAUACAGUAGGUGUGCUGCUGUAUUGUAUUUUUCAUGUGUGGUUAAUACUAGGCUACAUUGAUUUAAAAUCAGAUUUUUCAUUUCAAUGCAAUUCCCUGGCUGUAGAUAUAGAAAGGAUAGUCACCAGUGGACUCAAACAAGUAUAAAAUACAUAUUUAUCAUUUUUUUAGGUCUUGCUCAUUCCCUCAUAGUGUAUAUACUCUCAUUCCUAACGCUAACCCCUUCCCUCUCUCAGGAGGCCAGCCUAUCUUCAAAGCCAGACAAUAUACUGGAAUCAAACAUGGACGCUGCCGAGUGGAAUCUAGAGGUGGAGCGGGUUCUCCCACAACUGAAGGUCACAAUCAGAACAGACCACAAGGUAAAGAUUGCUACAGGUGUAAAUUCUGGCAUUGCUCUCUCAAAAUCAAUGCAGGGCCGGGCAAUAGCCUAAUACAUGAGCGUUUGUAACAAGACUAUGUCCACUACUAGGACUGGAGGAUCCACGUGGACCAAAUGCAUCAGCACAAAGACGGGAUCAAAUCAUCUCUCAAGGAGGCCAAGGUAGACUUUAGGCUUUCACAGUUGGACUCAGUUUUCUCUGUCCAGGUUACAUCACUUUCGAUACCAUCUAGACAGAUGUUGUAAGACACACAUCUAAUUUAGACUAGCAACAUGGCCCUCUCACCAGACCUGGGUUCAAAUGAGGGUUGGGGUCAAUUCGAAUUGAAGGCAGUCAAUUCAGGAAGUAAACUGAAAUUCCAAUUCAAUCAUUUAAAAAAGGGCAUCCAUUUUCAGUGACUUCUCAAUAAACUGAAAUUGAUAAGCUAUUUAUUUCAAAAGUUUUUCCAUUUUUUAAAAUUUAAAAUUCAAGUCACUUCCUUAACUGACUGCCUUUAAUUUGAUUGGCCCCAAACCUGGUUCAAAUAGACUAUUAUUUAUUUUCUUUCAACUACUUUGAGAGUUCGAUUGUGACUGAAGGGAGUGCCAGGUGUGUGGGGGGUUGCCACUUUUGUGACGAAUACGUCGGUUCCAUUACACCAGGCAAGCUCAAUCAAGCGCAGCUAAAGAAAGAAAACAUAUUCAUAGGUUGCACCACCUUCACUCGGUCGCGUCAUGCCAUUGUUAUGAACGUUCUCAAGCCGCCCUCUAUUGGCGCUGCCAUAGUGGUGCCCUAAAGUGGUGAUAAGCCCAGUCAUUCUGGACGGAGGCCAACUACUGUUUAGUCUAAAUUAAACGAUAGUGCCUGGAAAUACGAUGACCUUGCUAAAGUAGUAAAAUAUUUAGUAGGAAACAACCUUGCCAGCAUUAUCAUAUCGUCAAAUUUACUUUAGACAGAUGGCAAUGUUGUUAUUCGCUAGCAAAGUUAGUCAAAAAUAGCUAGCAAUGCUAAUGUUAGCUAGCUAAAAUCCGGUGGCCUCCUCUCAAUCUUAGCUAGCGUUAUACUGCAUCUAAAGUCAAUCUGGUGACAUCAAAAUGAUGACAAAAGGUUUCCCCACUAAUUAUUUGCCUCCUUUUGAAUGUCAUUGUAUUUCCAAGCCACUGUAAUGCACUUUUGAUGAUCUUUAUCAGCGCUCAUUGACGAUGCAUUGAGUAGAAUGCUUAGUCGGGCAUCAGUCCAAAACGAAUGUUCAAAACAAUAUUGUGACGAAACAUGCAACCCAUGAAUAGGCUACUUUAUCUGAGUCUGACUAGACUAGCACCUAUCACACAGCCAACCUCUCAUUUCAUUCUAUUACUUUAAAUUAAGUAUGUUAGUUCUGUAUUAUAGAGUGAACGUUGCUAUGUGUAACUAUUUGGUAGGGCUACCUAGACAAGCUGCAGGAGGAGAUCGGUAAGACCCUAGAGAAGGUGGGCAGCAGGGAGAAAUACAUCAACAACCAGCUUGAACACCUUAUCCAGGACUACCGCAGCGCCCAGUCCAAACUCAGCGAGGUAAGCGUCCAUAUAAUACAGUAAAAUAAUACAAUGCAAUACUGCACCAGUCAAAAUGGUCUACGUUGGAGCAUCGGAUUUAGUCAUACUGUAAUGUCCAGUUAUGGUUCACAGUAUUACAUUGACAUUUUAGUCAUUUAGAAGACGCUCUUAUCCAGAGCUACUUACAUGAGCAAUUAGGGUUAAGUGCCUUGCUCAAGGGCACAUCGACAGAUUUUUGUUGUGGUAUAUGGCCAAUAUACCAUGGCUAAGGGCUGUUCUUAGGCAUGACACAACGCAGAGUGCCUGGAUACAGCCCUUAGGUGUGGUAUAUUGGCCAUAUACCACAAACCCCCGAGGUGCCUUAUUGCUAUUAUAAAUUGUUUACCAACCUAAUUAGAACAGUAAAAAUAAUUUGUUUUGUCAUACCUAGGGCUGUUGCGGUUACCGUAUUACCGCCACACCGGCGGUUACGAGUCAUGAAGGCAGUCAAAUUCCACAUGACCGUUUAGUCACGGUAAUUAGGCUUCUCCAAGCUCUGAUGCUGCUGCUGGUCAUUAGUAGCCUACCAAACUUGCUAACUGCCUGGUACUCAGCACUCUAUUGUCCCUCUAAUCACUAUGACAUCAAUGCAAAUGUGUUCGAAAAUCUAAUCAAACACCUCAUGAGAGCCCAUGAGCUCAUGUUGCGCAACAUUUCUAUAGGCUAUGCAAUUGCGGGUGAAAAUAGAGUGAUGGCAGCUAAUAAAAAGAGGAGGAUCCCAUCAGCUUUCUAUAGGCUAGGCCUACUAUAUUUAUUUCUCAACUUUCCUAAUAUUAAGCACAUUGCUUAUAUUUACAACAGGGGUAUAGCCUAUCUGGCUAGCAUGAAAAUAUACCACGGGGAAAAGCAUCCUCCAUUCGCUAUUUAAGUGCAUAGAUGACAUGUAUUUUUUCCCGCUGCCCCUGUUUCGAUACAGGUGCAUGAUAAUGGCCAUUCUAAAUCAAAACAAAUGUCACACAUACAGUGGGGAGAAAAAGUAUUUGAUACACUGCCGAUUUUGCAGGUUUUUCUACUUACAAAGCAUGUAGAGGUCUGUAAUUUUUAUCAUAGGUACACUUCAACUGUGAGAGACGGAAUCUAAAACAAAAAUCCAGAAUAUCACAUUGUAUGAUUUUUAAGUAAUUAAUUAGCAUUAUAUUGCAUGACAUACAGUGGGGGAAAAAAGUAUUUAGUCAGCCACCAAUUGUGCAAGUUCUCCCACUUAAAAAGAUGAGAGGCCUGUAAUUUUCAUCAUAGGUACACGUCAACUAUGACAGACAAAAUGAGAAUUUUUUUCUCCAGAAAAUCACAUUGUAGGAUUUUUAAUGAAUGUAUUUGCAAAUUAUGGUGGAAAAUAAGUAUUUGGUCAAUAACAAAAGUUUCUCAAUACUUUGUUAUAUACCCUUUGUUGGCAAUGACACAGGUCAAACGUUUUCUGUAAGUCUUCACAAGGUUUUCACACACUGUUGCUGGUAUUUUGGCCCAUUCCUCCAUGCAGAUCUCCUCUAGAGCAGUGAUGUUUUGGGGCUGUCGCUGGGCAACACAGACUUUCAACUCCCUCCAAAGAUUUUCUAUGGGGUUGAGAUCUGGAGACUGGCUAGGCCACUCCAGGACCUUGAAAUGCUUCUUACGAAGCCACUCCUUCGUUGCCCGGGCGGUGUGUUUGGGAUCAUUGUCAUGCUGAAAGACCCAGCCACGUUUCAUCUUCAAUGCCCUUGCUGAUGGAAGGAGGUUUUCACUCAAAAUCUCACGAUACAUGGCCCCAUUCAUUCUUUCCUUUACACGGAUCAGUCGUCCUGGUCCCUUUGCAGAAAAACAGCCCCAAAGCAUGAUGUUUACACCCCCAUGCUUCACAGUAGGUAUGGUGUUCUUUGGAUGCAACUCAGCAUUCUUUGUCCUCCAAACACGACGAGUUGAGUUUUUACCAAAACGUUCUAUUUUGGUUUCAUCUGACCAUAUGGCAUUCUCCCAAUCCUCUUCUGGAUCAUCCAAAUGCACUCUAGCAAACUUCAGACCGGCCUGGACAUGUACUGGCUUAAGCAGGGGGACACGUCUGGCACUGCAGGAUUUGAGUCCCUGGCGGCGUAGUGUGUUACUGACGGUAGGCUUUGUUACUUUGGUCCCAGCACUCUGCAGGUCAUUCACUAGGUCCCCCCGUGUGGUUCUGGGAUUUUUGCUCACCGUUCUUGUGAUCAUUUUGACCCCACGGGGUGAGAUCUUGCGUGGAGCCCCAGAUUGAGGGAGAUUAUCAGUGGUCGUGUAUGUCUUCCAUUUCCUAAUAAUUGCUCCCACAGUUGAUUUCUUCAAACCAAGCUGCUUACCUAUUGCAGAUUCAGUCUUCCCAGCCUGGUGCAGGUCUACAAUUUUGUUUCUGGUGAACUUUGACAGCUCUUUGGUCUUGGCCAUAGUGGAGUUUGGAGUGUGACUGUUUGAGGUUGUGGACAGGUGUCUUUUAUACUGAUAACAAGUUCAAACAGGUGCCAUUAAUACAGGUAACGAGUGGAGGACAGAGGAGCCUCUUAAAGAAGAAGCUACAGGUCUGUGAGAGCCAGAAAUCUUGCUUGUUUGUAGGUGACCAAAUACUUAUUUUCCACCAUAAUUUGCAAAUAAAUUCAUUAAAAAUCCUACAAUGUGAUUUUCUCGAUUUUUUUUCUCUCAAUUUGUCUGUCAUAGUUGACGUGUACCUAUGAUGAAAAUUACAGGCCUCUCUCAUCUUUUUAAGUGGGAGAACUUGCACAAUUGGUGGCUGACUAAAUAAUUUUUUCCCCCACUGUAAGUAUUUGAUACAUCAGAAAAGCAGAUCUUAAUAUUUGGUACAGAAACCUUUGUUUGCAAUUACAGAGAUCAUACGUUUCCUGUAGGUCUUGACCAAGUUUGCACACACUGCAGCAGGGAUUUUGGCCCACUCCUCCAUACAGACCUUCUCCAGAUCCUUCAGGUUUCGGGGCUGUCGCUGGGCAAUACGGACUUUCAGCUCCCUCCCAAAGAUUUUAUAUUGGGUUCAGGUCUGGAGACUGGCUAGUCCCCUCCAGGACCUUGAGAUGCUUCUUACGGAGCCACUCCUUAGUUGCCCUGGCUGUGUGUUUCGGGUCGUUGUCAUGCUGGAAGACCCAGCCACGACCCAUCUUCAAUGCUCUUACUGAGGGAAGGAGGUUGUUGGCCAAGAUCUCGCGAUACAUGGCCCCAUCCAUCCUCCCCUCAAUACGGUGCAGUCGUCCUGUCCCCUAUGCAGAAAAGCAUCCCCAAAGAAUGAUGUUUCCACCUUCAUGCUUCACGGUUGGGAUGGUGUUCUUGGGGUUGUACUCAUCCUUCUUCUUCCUCCAAACACGGCGAGUGGAGUUUAGACCAAAAAGCUCUAUUUUUGUCUCAUCAGACCACAUGACCUUCUCCCAUUCCUCCUCUGGAUCAUCCAGAUGGUCAUUGGCAAACUUCAGAUGGGCCUGGACAUGCGCUGGCUUGAGCAGGGGGACCUUGCGUGCGCUGCAGGAUUUUAAUCCAUGACGGCGUAGUGUGUUACUAAUGGUUUUCUUUGAGACUGUGGUCCCAGCUCUCUUCAGGUCAUUGACCAGGUCCUGCCGUGUAGUUCUGGGCUGAUCCCUCACCUUCCUCAUGAUCAUUUAUGCCCCACGAGGUGAGAUCUUGCAUGGAGCCCCAGAUCGAGGGUAUUUGACCGUCAUCUUGAACUUCUUCCAUUUUCUAAUAAUUGUGCCAACAGUUGUUGCCUUCUCACCAAGCUGCUUGCCUAUUGUCCUGUAGCCCAUCCCAGCCUUGUGCAGGUCUACAAUUUUAUCCCUGAUGUUCUUACACAGCUCUCUGGUCUUGGCCAUUGUGGAGAGGUUGGAGUCUGUUUGAUUGAGUGUGUGGACAGGUGUCUUUUAUACAGGUAACGAGUUCAAACAGGUGCAGUUAAUACAGGUAAUGAGUGGAGAACAGGAGGGCUUCUUAAAGAAAAACUAACAGGUCUGUGAGAGCCGGAAUUUUUACUGGUUGGUAAGUGAUCAAAUACUUAUGUCAUUCAAUAAAAUGCAAAUUAAUUACUUAAAAAUCAUACAAUGUGAUUUUCUGAAUUUUUGUUUUAGAUUCUGUCUCUCACAGUUGAAGUCUACCUAUGAUAAAAAUUACAGACCUCUACAUGCUUUGUAAGUAGGAAAACCUGCAAAAUCGGCAGUGUAUCAAAUACUUGUUCUCCCCACUGUAUAUUAUUUAGUAUAUGUAAAGACAAGAUUAAAUCAAGAAUAGUCUGAUGUGUGACAAUAUUAUCACUUGUGAAUUAUAUAUUAUCACUUGUGAAUGUUGCCCAGCAUAUGAAACAAUGCCUUUUUUUUGUUGUUGACUUUUUCUAAUCAUAAUCGCACACGUCAUGUAGCCUAGCCCAUAGGCCUAUAUGUUUUAAUAAGGUUUGUAUCAUAACUAAAGUGGCCAAAUAACUUCUUAAAAUUAAGCACAAUAAUCCACUUUACAAGGGGUGUAGAGCCUAACUGGCAUAUAUAAGCAGCGCGUGAGUUUCAAGUUUGGGGAAGAUAAUUUUCACCAUGAAAAUGCUCCUUUUAUAAUAAAAGCAUUACAUGCAUAAUUGCAUUUGCGGUCACUUUUGAUAAUGGUGUUUUCCGUUAAUGGAACAUUGGCGCUUAUAGCCUACUACCAUGUGCGCAUUGCUGCGCUUAUAAUGUGAAGAAAUAGCCUAAUAGUUUAUCAACAUUUUAAGCUAAAUGUUCUGAUCUAAUAUUUUUUUAUGCUAGUGGUUCUAUUAAUUUGGGAUCUAACGCAUCCCACAACUGUCCCAGACUAUGUUUGGAAUAUUUAUUUCUCGCACAGAAUAGAAUAGGUUGAACUUUUGUACUAUGGGGGAUAGUAGAUUAACAUAGGCUAGUGCUUAUGCUGUUUGUUAGGCCUACUCAUCUUGUUGGCUGACGAAAAGUAAAUGUGGACAGUUCUUUCAAUAUUUUCAAUAUGCAUCUCGGAAUUGGCUAAGGACGCGCGCAAUUGCGUCCCCGAUGUCUGUCUUCACUUGUAGCCUGUGAGAGAGACCCGAUCACAUGACGGAGAGCCAUGUGAGUGAGAGGCGCUUCGGAUUGUGCAGCACACUCAGGGAGAAGGGCACAACGCAGCACUCCGGGCCGCAAAAGGCAUGGAUUAUUUUAGGUGCAUUACGGCCACAAAGGGGAUGCCUCCAUGAAAUUCGAGGCAUUAUCAAGUGCUUGUCAAAUUGUGAAUGAGAGACUAUUGGAGUGUGUACAGCCUGCACAAAAAACUAAGCAGAGCUUAUGCCAUUCAAGCGACUUUUUUCAAAUCAUCAUUAGAGUCCCAUCAUGCAGCCUUACAAUCUAUUGAAAAUGAAAACAAAUAGCCCAACGUUUGUAGAACUAAAGUUACAUUAAUAACUCUAAAUUAAGCAUUUAGGAGUACCUAUUUCUUUGUUAACCGCUCAACACAGAAUAGCCGCAUGUGCGCUCUCCCUCAAAUCUUUUGGAGAAAAUAUUUAUAUUUUAUUCAGCUUUGUUCAAUUGAAUUCUUCAUAUUAUAAAAUAAUAUAAAAAAUGCCACGGAAUUAUAAGCAAAUAUUGUCUGCUAACUCAGAGUAUGCUCUUCUUUUCUUCUGAAAUAGACUACAUUUUCUUCAUAUCAUGCUUCUUUAGAGCUGUCUAAAAUAAAUAAUGGAUUUAUUGUGAAGGUGUAGGCUAUAUUACAUGGAUUUAUUAGACUUUUUAAAAUGGCUUGUAGGCUAUGUGUGGAAGCCAGGAUAUGCUAAAUGUGUUUGUUAAUUAACGGUCAAUUACCUUGAGACCGACCAGUUAUUUGCUUGACAAUCACCGGCUGAUUAAAUUUUGUGACCGCCACAGCCGUAUACGGUCUGAUAUGCCACUGCUUUCAGCCAAUCAGAAUUCAGGGCUCGAACCACCCGGUUUAUAAAAUAGAAUAUCCAAUACCAGUAUAUAAUAUUCUGUUGCUGUGGUAUGCGUUGGUCAUCAAUGCAGAGGCACAACUAAUUGGCUUAUUUUGGGGGGGGGAACAAGCAUAAAGACAUGUUGACCUUUUGUAUUCCAAGGCAAAGGAGUGCUACCAGCAGGGAAGUGGUGGAGUUACAGAGAGGACCAGAGUUCUGGCUGAGGUCAGUGACCACAUCACACACAGUAAACCACAGUAUGCAGGUCAUUCUCGUAACAGAUUCUCAUAACCCUAGCCCAUCAUUCUCAUAACAUUCACACUAUUCCAAAAAAAAAUCACAUUACAGUCAUUCUUUCCCAAUUUGUUCAUGUAAUUAUAUUUUCCAUUGCUCCUGAUAUUUUUACACCAACAUCAUGAUAUAGUCCUAAAUGUCCAUAGAAGUUAUAUUACCUAUCUCUUAUCCUCUGUAGAUACCUCUGUCUUAGUGCCAUAGAUGACAGAUGAGUUUUGAUGUCAACUCUCUCAGUGCUGUCUCGUUCUAACCUAGAUCACAGAGGAGCUGGAGAAGGUGAAGCAGGAGAUGGAGGAGAAAGGCAGCAGUAUGUCUGAUGGAGGUGAGUCUGUAAAUGAAAACAUACUGGACUAGGGAAUCUACACAGCAAUAUACCUUUUAAGCCUUUUCCACUGCGAGCUGGACGAAAUGGUGAAUAUGACGCAAUUCCCACAUUACAAAGUCAUUGGUGACGUCACAUCCUGUUGUGUUACAUACAUCAUUAGGUUGGGCACCUUGCUGUGGCCUGGCUAGUCUAACGGUAAUGCCACAGCCUCCGGCACACAUGUCUAUGGUGUCGGUAUACGUUAGAAUCUGGCCUACUGCCCUUUGACACCACCUCUCGUUAUCUUUCUCCACUGUCAUCCUCUAUCGGUUCAAUAUAAUCUGAAAGUACCUUAAAUUUAUAUUUUUUAAGUUGGGCACUUUGCAAACUCAUGCAUUUUUUGGGGUCUUGAUGGUGAGAAAGCAACAGUUCUUGAUUUAAAAUACAUUAUAUAGUGACAGUUAUCGGCCAUCAUUGAAUCUAUUGAAGAAAGGUUAUAAAUAAAGUUGUUAGAUCAAUGAAAACGUGAUUUAUUUUGGAAUCUAUUCAUGUAUAAUGAUUAUGACAAAUUGAUUUGAAAAUGUUAGAUAUCAUUUGUUUUCUUACCCUUUGAGCUUUUUGAAUUACAGCCCCCGUGGUGAAAAUCAAGCAGAGUCUGACCAAGCUCAAGCAGGAGAUUGUUCAGAUGGACAUUCGGAUAGGAGUGGUGGAGCACACACUACUGCAGGCCAAGCUAAAGGAGAAGUCCAACAUGACUCGAGACAUGCACGCCACCAAUAUCCCAGAGCCUGCCAUCGGCGCAUACUGA